UUUUUUUUAUUUAUAGGCGUGUCAACAACGCAAAGUGAAGACGCGAAUAUUUGCCGUAUCCGUUCCGUUUAUAUAAAAGGUGAGAGAGAUGAGAAAUUGAGGGCAGAUAAAGAAGACACAGAAAGCAAAUAAAGUAAAGAGAGAUGGGAGUGACGAAGGAACAAGUCGAAUCAUCCUUGAAGACCACACUAAACCCUUCUCAUAUCGAAGUAACUGAUACAUCUGGAGGGUGCGGUGCAAGUUUUGUAGUCGAGAUUGUAUCAGAACAAUUUGAAGGCAAAAGGCUACUGGAGAGGCAUCGAAUGGUGAAUGCUGCCUUAGAGGAGGAAAUGAAACAGAUUCAUGCUCUCUCUGUAAAGAAAGCUUUAACCCCAGAGCAGUGGAAACAACAGCAAGAGUCCAACCAAUCAAAUUCUGCUGUCUAGAGCAUAUUUUUAAUAGUUAUAAAUAAGAAAUCCAUAUUCUGUUGCUGACAAUGUUUGUGGAUUCUAGUUCCAAGUAUCUUUACUCCAACUCAAGUUUUUGAUUGUACUACUAGAAUUUAGUUUAAAAAUUUUCUGAGUUUCA